GUUUUGGUUUCCUCACCUGUCAGUUCUGACAGUGUCCAGCCGCGUCUCUUUGUUUGUUUACGGGAAACAUGUCUCCUCUUGUCGACAAUCAAUGACAACCCCGCGUGGUCAACCGGCACUUUACUGAGGACAGCGUCUAUCACGGUCUUCUGUCUGUCGAAGCGUCGGCCUGUGCGAGCAUGGAGCCUCUGGCCGUGGAUGAUGACAUCUGUAUUCUUAAACACGAAACAGCCUUCACCACUGCUGGCGAGAGCCCUGUGUCGGUGUGUGCUGGCGACGAAUCUGUUGCUUCCCACUUCGCCCUGGUCACAGCCUAUGAGGACAUCAAGAAGAGGCUGAGAGACACAGAGCGAGAGAACACCCUGCUGAGGAAGAGGGUUAAGCAGCUGGAGGAUAAGCUCUUCAGGCCAGAUGCGCCUCCAUCAGAGGGUCCCCAGUACGUGAACAAGGCUUUCAGUGCUUACAGGGGUAUCUAUAUAGAGAAGGAAGACCUGCAGCUGGAGCUUAACAAACUGAAAAAGGAGAAGAGCGAGACUGACAGGUUGUUUACGGAGCAGCUGCAGGCCAAAGAGUUGGAACUGCUUCAGCUGAGGACAGAGAUGGAGACCAGCCAAGUGAUGAAGAGCCUGAACAGCCCUCAGGACUACUGGCAGGUGGACCAGGUCAGCACCGAGCUGAAGAUCCAUAAACUGCAGGAGGAGCUGGAGAGAGUGACACUGGAAAACAGCAGACUGUUGGGGAGAAGUGGGGAGGAACCCCAAGGCCUGAAUGGACCAGACUUGGACAUGACUUGUGACACAAAGUGUAAUGCAAGUGAGAGGGGCAUGCAGCAGUUGUGCCAGGAGAUGCACUGUGAGGUCACUCGUCUCCGCCGGGAGCUGAAGCACCAAGCAGGCCUGAUCAGGAAGCUCAGGCCGUUGAUCGGCGAGAUAAGACAAGCUGGCUCAAAGGUUCCAGUCCAGUGUCUGGAUGAUGUGGAAAAAAACAACCACCCAGUCCCUCGAGUGUCAGUGCCUCGUCCCCCUAGUGCCCCCCCACUCCCCUCGUGUUCUGGGCGCCCCUGCCUCCCUGUUGGUGGCCCGCUGGGCCCCCUGCUGCCAGACAGCCUGAAGGAGGACUGCUGGUACAACGGGCCCUGGCCCUCCCAGAGCUGCUCGGGAGAGGCUCUGGUUGGGAGCUCGGCCGGCCUUCCCCCACCUCCCUUGAACCAAGCUUCCCUAGAUGAGAGCUCCAGGUCCUUCCCCAGUCCCCCCAAGCCCAGUGACGCCGUAUUCUGGGAGGGACACUCUGCUGCAUCCAACUCCUCAUCCUUAAUGGGAAACUGCAGUCCCAGGAGCCCUCCAAACACUGAGUGGGCCAAGCCCUAUUGAGAGGGACUUUGAUGGGAUAAUAGGUGAUUAUGAAAUAGUUUGUAACUGGAUGGAUAAAUGAUGAAAGGAUGAAUGAAUGGACUCUGCAACCCUGCCACAUAGCUACCACCUAACCUGCCUUAAGUUAAUUAGACCACUCCUCUGGGCUGAGCUGGACCGGACCUACCAGUUGUGGGAACUAACUGAAGCCAGAGGAAGCCUUCUCGAGGUCAAGACUAUGUAAACAUACUGAUUUCUGUGCGCACUGCAUCGGUGAACAUAUCUGACCGUGCAGAGGGAGAGUCGAGGACAGACCCUCGGUAGAACUAAUAGUUUUUCUGUGAGUAUAGUGUCCUUGUAUGCACAUGCAUAAGUGUGCACAAGCAUGCAUACAAGCAAUUGAACUUCUGUGUGUCUAUGUACGCACAUCAAACAGCGCGUGCCUGUGUGUGCAGAUCAGUGCGCAGGCAUCUCUCGCCCGCCUGUUAUCUGUAUCCUGUCAUAAUGAACCCAAUAGGGCUUAAAGGGCCUUGUUCUCCAUUCACAGUGGCCAGUGAUCACCGGGGGCCACAGCUGGACACAUAGUAGUAGAGUUUGUAAAACUGCAUUUAAUCAAAUGCAGGUCUUUUUACAUUUGAUCGCUGUAAAGUCAACAAGGAACCUAGUCCCAUGUAUGUGUCAUGGUCAAGUGGAGAAAGCGUUGAGGUCUGUGGACUUGGUUUGUUUGUGUCUGUGCUGUGCUGGAGACAGACAAACACCUACCUGUUGGAUAAUCACUGAUUUUUGAUCCAAAUUUUAACUGCUACCAAAUAAACUCUUUUUCUCAAUCAUUAUUUUCAUAUCAGUCCUUAUAGAUCAUUAUCAAAGUAGGCUGUCAGUCGAUCCGUGCUUACCAAACACAUUAUCAUAGCAUUGAGAUUUUUGAGAAGAUUGCAAAUGAUACUUGACUAAAGAUGACUUGCUUUCUGAAGUUAAACACUCUAUCUGCUAUGGCACAAGAAAAAGGUUUAACUAUUCCCACGGUAAUUUCACAUGUAACACAAGCCUCUGUAAAGCUGCCUGUUAUCACAUAAUCAAUCUUCUCAUAACUACUAUCAAACAAUAUUUGUGAUGUUUCAUCUCAAGUGUAAAGGGACGUGUAUAUGUAAGGCUCUGUAUUGUGGGGUGUUUUUCCUGCGGGAAUUUUAUUUUGAAGGACUCAUGGAAUAGAAUCCAUACUCUGCUGUAUUUUGGAGAGAUUUGUUUGGAAUUGUAUCUAAAUUCUGUACCAUGCUGAUGUUGAACUAUUUGACACAUUUGUUUUGCAGUACAAGGUAAGUUGUUGUGAUAAGAUGGUCAUUUCUCUUUGGUUUCUUUGUUUUUUUUAAGUCAGAUGACGAGUGCACUAAAAGAAAACGCAUUGGGAGUAGAAUACAAGAUGAGCAGAAGGAAUAUUGAGCAUAUCUGUGUAAAUCUAAACCACUCUGCCAAACGCAGUGUUGCACUCCAGACCAUAGGUUUUAGUUUGUUUAUUUGUUUUCUCUCCAACUUCCAACACAUCUGAUCAUUGUCAGAGGUGUUUGAAAGGGUGGCAGGACAAUGAGCGCAUGAGCCUGAAGAAACAUGAGCCGCGUCUUGACAAAUAGGUGCACAAAGAGCCUGGAGAUCCCUGGAUAAGGUUUCGUUUUUUCCCCAUCUUCUGCAUUCUGUUUCAUGAUAGCUGUGGUCUUUUAUUUUUUGAUUUUUACAAAUGUUAUUUUACAGCAGUAGUUUCAUACUUCUGUAAACGAUUUGCAAACCAAAAUGCAAUGUACAGUAGAUACGGAUUAUAUUUUAGAUUUUCUGCACUUCAGACUGUUUGUAAAUAUGAUCGAUUAAACAAAAUGAAAAAGGAA